UCAUCCUUCAAGGCAUCCUCCUCCUCGUCUUCUUCGGAAACACCUGAGAUGGCCGACUUGGACUGGGAAAACCUUGGCUUUACCCUAGUUGACACAGACUUUAUGUACAUGGCGAAAUGUGGGCCGGAUGGGAACUUCUCCAAAGGGGAAAUGCUGCCGUUUGGACCUAUAGCGCUAAGUCCUUCUGCUGGAGUCUUAAACUAUGGACAGGGAUUGUUUGAGGGCCUGAAAGCAUAUAGGAAAACCGACGGUUCCAUCCUGUUAUUCCGUCCAGAUGAGAAUGCGAGAAGGAUGGUAAUUGGCGCGGAUAGGAUGUGCAUGCCUGCACCAACUGUUGAGCAAUUCAUGGAUGCCGUGAAACAGACCGUUUUGGCAAAUAAAAGAUGGGUGCCUCCUACUGGUAAAGGUUCCCUGUAUAUUAGGCCGCUGCUGAUCGGAAGCGGGGCUAUUCUUGGUGUUGCACCUGCUCCUGAGUUCACAUUUGUCAUUUAUGUCUCCCCUGUUGGGAAUUAUUUCAAGGAGGGUUUAGCUCCUAUUAAGUUGAUUAUCGAAGAUAACUUUCACCGUGCCGCCCCUGGUGGAACUGGAGGCGUGAAAACCAUUGGAAACUAUGCCUCGGUGUUGAAAGCGCAGACAACUGCAAAGGAGAAAGGAUAUUCUGAUGUCCUCUAUUUGGACGCCGUCCACAAUAAAUAUCUGGAAGAAGCUUCUGCAAGCAAUAUUUUUGUUGUGAAAGGCAAUACUAUUUCUACUCCAGCAAUAGAAGGAACUAUACUGCCUGGUAUAACAAGGAAAAGUAUUAUCGAAGUUGCAGAGAGCAAAGGCUAUAAGGUGGAGGAACGCCGCGUGUCAGUAGAUGAAUUGCUUGUUGCUGAUGAAGUUUUCUGCACCGGAACAGCUGUUGUGGUUUCACCUGUGGGGAGCAUCACGUAUCAGGGGAAAAGGGUAGAAUACGACGGCAACCAUGGAGUCGGUGUCGUGUCACAGCAGCUAUACACCUCCCUGACGGGCAUCCAGAUGGGUCUUUUAGAGGACCGGAUGGGCUGGACCGUGCAACUGAACUAG